GCGAAAAGACUUAGUAAAAAGCGGCGGAAAAAAAGGAGGUUGGUUGGUCGAUGUAUGGAGAGCUGCAAAGGCCGGACUGGCUGGACCUAAUUAUGGAGAAUUAAAUAUUCCUCAGUCAAUUAAGAGCAAGACUUGGUGACAUUGCUGGCGAGCCGGAGAUGCAGGCGCAUUCCCAUGUCGAGUGUUCGGAGAAUUGAAUGGGAAAUACCAACAUGUGCACCAGGAGUUAAAGUUUCUUCACCGAGUGAAAGUUUUCUAAACUUGCCUUGAAGCGACGGCAAUAUGGAAGUGCCACUGAAAGAAAAUGCUGAUUUGUCCAUCGAAGUUGAAACCCCACUUCCUAAAGUGAAAGAUUCCUGCUUUAACAACAUAAAGCUCUUUCUAGCUGCCUUGUCCUUCUCCUUCUUUACCAAAGUAUUAUGUGGAAGCUACAUGAAGAGUUCGAUCACACAGAUAGAGAGACGCUUUGAUAUACCCAGUUCUUUCAUUGGUGUCAUCGAUGGAAGCUUUGAAAUGGGAAAUGUGUUAAUGAUAGCAUUUGUGAGUUACUUUGGAGCAAACCUUCAUAGACCCAGAUUAAUUGCAGCAGGAAGCUUACUCAUGGGUUUGGGGACUUUUAUGAUAGCUUUGCCCCAUUUCUUCAUGGGAAGUUACAAGUAUGAAACGACAGUUACAUAUUCAAGCAAUUCCUCAAUGGGUAUGAGUAUCACUCAGUGUUCAGUAGAUCCCAAACACCAAUUGUCCACAGCACCUACGGACGUUCCUUCAUCAAUACUCAUUGAUGGCUCAGAUUGUAAAAAAGAACCUGGAUCCUCCUUAUGGAUAUAUGUGUUUGUUGGCAAUGUCUUACGUGGAAUUGGAGAGACACCAAUUGGACCUUUGGGGAUAUCUUACCUCGAUGAUCAUGCCACCCAGGAGAACGCUUCUUUCUACAUUGGCAUUUUGCAUACUGUAGCGCUUUUAGGUCCUGUUUUUGGCUAUUUGCUGGGAUCAUACUGUGCUAAAAUAUUUGUGGACAUUGGGUUUGUUGAUAUGGACAAAGUAACCAUUAAUUCGAAGGAUUCCCGGUGGGUCGGUGCCUGGUGGCUUGGGAUUUUAAUAGGCGGAGUAAUUACCAUUCUUUCUGCCAUACCAUUCUGGUUCUUUCCAAAGUCUCUGCCGAAGGAGCUAAAAAAGGAUCAAGACGUGACUUCGGAAAAAAAGACAUUUCUUAAAGAGAACCAAAGUGAUUCCGCCACUACCAGUCCUGAUCCAGUGAAGGUUUCAGCCUUGGCAAAAGAUUUUUUCCCAUCGAUUAAAAAACUGCUGUCCAAUCGCAUCUAUAUAUUAAUCUUACUGAUGAGCAUCUUACAGAUGAAUGCUCUGAUUGGAUUGAUAACAUUCAAACCCAAAUUCAUCGAACAACAAUAUGGACAGUCAGCAUCGAAAGCCAAUUUUAUCAUAGGAAGUAUUAAUAUUCCUGCAGUGGCUAUUGGAAUUUUCUCGGGUGGGUUGGUGAUGAAAAAGUUCCAGCUGAAUGUGAUCAGUGCUGCAAAAUUGGCCUUCGGGUCUUCUAUCCUUGGCUGGCUAUUUACACUACCCUUUUUUGCAAUGGGCUGUGAAAACUCCCAUGUGGCUGGUUUAACGGUGUCCUACGAGGGAAGAACACAGAUCUCACCCGCGGGAAGUCAAUUGUUCCAUGACUGUAACGCCAACUGCUUUUGCUCACAACUGGACUGGGAUCCAGUUUGUGGGAAAAAUGGAAUUUCGUACGCAUCUCCAUGUCUUGCUGGUUGCAAAGUAUCAUCUGGAACAGGGAAAAAUAUUAAAUUCCAAAACUGUAGCUGUAUUCCCGAUUCCCCUUCUGGCAAUUUUUCCGCAUACCUGGGCCAGUGCCCAAGAGGACCUGACUGUGAUAGGAUAUUUCCUUACUUUAUGGCGCUCAGUGUGAUCAGUGCUUUCACUUAUGCCUUUGGGGGCGUGGCUGGAUAUAUCCUUUUACUCAGGAGCAAUGAACCUGCGCUGAAAUCGCUGGCCUUAGGAAUAUACAUUUUGGUAUCAAGAACACUUGCUGGAAUUCCUGCUCCGGUUUACUUUGGUGCUUUGAUAGAUAUGACAUGUUUGAAAUGGGGAAGUAAGAGAUGUGGAGGGCGAGGGGCCUGCAGGAUAUACGACUCGGAUCAGUUCAGCAAGAUUUACCUUGGACUCCAAGCGGGGCUACGUGGCAUCUCCUACUUUGUGUGUUUCCCUGUCUUUGUGCUUCUAAAGAAACGUUUUGCACUUGAAGAAAAACAAAUUGGAGUCAACGGAGGCACGGAAAUGGCGCCAGUGCAGAAAACAGACGACUGCGCUAACGAUAGCAACCUGGUAGUCAAGCCAGACACUUGCAACCCUGAAAAAGAAAAUCCUGCUUACCCUUGAAAAUAAACCUAUGAGGCGUCCUCAAUACGGAACUGCAAAUAUUCUAGGAAAUAAUUUUUUAAAAUUUGUUUGCUAACUUGAAUGAAAUCCGUGUAACGCGUCAUAGCUGAAUUUGAAGAAUUACGUCUAGUAUAAGGCGAGCCUUGCUUUUAAAUAAACGUUUGGCUACAUAGUAUAA